UGUCUGUCCCCGGAUAUGCGGCCUGGGCUCUUUGGGGCCCGCACCACUCCCUGUCCCCCGUCCCCCCAUUUUGCUCCCUCCGGCUCUCAGCAUGCCCCUGGGGCUCGCUUUCCAUCCUCCCUCUGUGGGCUUCCCCAGUUCUCUCACAGCCCUGUGUUUUGGGGAGGUGUGGGACGCUGCCAGUCCCCCUUGCUGUCCCUACCUUCCCCCCCGAGUUCCCAAACGAGGGGCUCUGUCCCUCCCAUGGGUGACGGAUGGUCCUGGUGCUGGUCCUGCAGGAGGAACUGCCGGGGGAACCCCAACUGCCUGGUGGGCAUCGGGGAGCACGUCUGGCUGGGCGAGAUUGACGAGAACAGCUUCCACAACAUCGAUGAUCCCAACUGCGAGCGCCGCAAGAAGAAUGCAUUUGUGGGCUUAACGAACCUCGGCGCCAUGUGCUACGUGAACACUUUCUUGCAGAUGUGGUUUCUUAAUCUGGAGCUCCGGCAAGCCCUCUACUUGUGUUCCAGCAAUGAGCACACAGUCAGAGAGAGCAUCCCCAAAGAGCCUCAGACCAUUUGUGAGCAUCUUCAGUACUUGUUUGCCUUGCUGCAGAACAGCAGAAGGCGAUACAUCGAUCCCUCUGGGUUUGUCAAAGCGCUGGGCUUGGAUACAGGCCAGCAGCAGGAUGCCCAGGAAUUUUCCAAGCUGUUCAUGUCACUGCUGGAAGAUACUUUAUCCAAACAAGAAAAUCCAGGCGUUCGAAACAUUGUUCAGAAACAGUUUUGUGGGGAGUACGUCUAUGUCACGGUCUGCAACCAGUGUGGCAGGGAAUCCAAACUCGUGUCUAAGUUUUAUGAGCUGGAGUUAAACAUCCAAGGGCACAAGCAGCUGACAGACUGCAUAACAGAGUUUCUCAAGGAAGAAAAAUUAGAAGGGGACAACCGUUAUUUUUGCGAAACUUGUCAGAGUAAGCAGAAUGCCACAAGGAAGAUCAGGCUGCUAAGUCUUCCAUGCACACUCAACCUGCAGCUGAUGCGUUUCAUGUUUGACAGACAAACUCGCCAUAAGAAAAAGCUGAACACCUACAUUGGCUUCUCUGAGCUGCUCGACAUGGAGCCUUUUAUGGAACAAAAAAAUGGUGUUUAUGUAUACGAACUGAGUGCUGUUCUCAUACACCAAGGUGUGAGUGCAUACUCAGGGCACUAUAUCGCCCAUGUGAAGGACCCGAGGAAAUGGCCAGAAGUUAUACCAGAAGAGGUUUAGGUUGGAUAUUAGGAGUUUCUCCUAAUGGGCUCUACUCAGAGGAUUAUUAAGUUAAUAGGUUGUCAUUAGGUUGAUAGGUUAUAGGGUUAUUAGGGUAGGAUUAUUCUGCGAAUCGCGACGUAACGGGGCAAGGCUUAACCGAGAGGACAAUGGCAUGGAUAGGCGCAAUGCGGGGAUUUCGGGGUGUACGCGGUUAGGAUCCUCUCGAGUUGUAGUAGACUUUCUUGAGCUUGGAGAGGGGGAGAUGUUGUCAGCAACUGCGAGACCCCCCCACGGGAUGUGACGCGAUAGGCCCUCUCCCUGCUCUAUGAUUGAUGUGUGGCACGUGCCCUUAGGGGCGUAGACAAAGCACAUAGGUUGUAUAAGCUAGAGUUCACGUGUAAUAAACGCCAUUUUGCUGUUCAUCA